UAGCUCUGAAAGUCUGAAGUUCCACGCCAAAUCUAGACUCCAUGAUGUUUUUGUAUCUACCAACAUCCUGCAACAAAGACCGUCCGUUGUCGCAUGGUCUUGCAGCGAGCUUUGCAAACUCACAGUGAUUCUACACAAAAACGAUCAUAGAUGCCGACAGGGAUCGGAGAAGCGUUUCUCAAUUUCACACUGAUAUCUGGGCGACCCGGUCUGCUUGACACAUCAGGCCAGAAGUCUUGGUCUAGCGAUCGAGUAUUGGUCAAAGCUCGAGCUCAAACCCACCACCAGAACAGCCACCUUCAUGUUAUCUUCCGCGUACUUCUACAAAAGAUUGGUGGUGGGCGGACGGCAUCAUUAGGAAUGGCAUUUCGUGAUGCAAUCUUGAACUCGCGCCCAUUGGACUUUGAAACUCUGCUCGGUGGAUUGCGAGCUUUGCCGAACAGAAUGCUCGAAUUCGCGCGUCUUCGGCAAAGUUUUACCAUCACCGAGACUUGCGAAAUCGCAACAACACGACCAACCGACACUCAAGGUCGCGGCAUGCUCCUGCUCAAGAAAAGCAGAACUGCAAAACGCGAGAUGAGUGCAGAGUUCUCCAUGUGCGAAUUGACAUCACGUGUCAAAUAGGAGAGCGAGUAAGGGAGUAAAAUGCGUGUCGUUAUUGAUUAUUUAUUGCGCAGAAAAGCAAAAAGAGAGCAAUCAUGCCUCAUUCAUCCAUCCAUCGACGGUGC